ACAAGCCACCGCACCGCUCGGCCAAACGCGAAGUGCCGCCACAACGAAACAAAAUUAUGACUAAAAAGUUCGAAACAAGUGAAAUUUAAUUUUUUUUUCUGUGAGACAGUUACCAGUGACAGUUAUGCAAAUUAUAAUCUCAACGUUUUUCGUGCUCGCUCUUUUGCAAGCACCAGAACUCACUAAAGGAGAAGACUUCGGAUACGAUGGAAACAUCGGUCCAACCCACUGGGGCGAGCGCUACCGAGAGUGCACGGGCAAGCACCAGAGCCCGAUCAACAUCAACGUGCUUCGAGUAAAGCAGGUCACACUGCCCGAUAUCGAGUUCGUCGGCUUCGAUGAUUCCAUCGACGACGUCCAUGUUACCAAUAAUGGGCACACUGUUCUGAUAGAAGUGGACAACGAACCUCAUCCCCGAGUACGCGGCGGUCCGCUAGAGGGCGACUACAUCUUCAGCCAGAUGCACUUCCAUUGGGGCGAUAACGACACCUUCGGCUCUGAGGACAAGAUCAACCAUAGAAGUUUCCCCAUGGAGCUACACAUGGUGUUCUACAAAGACGAGUACCGCACCGCCAAGGAGGCAGUCAAACACAGCGAUGGGCUUGCUGUGCUAGCUUUUUUCUACGAGCUCGACCGCCACCAGCACCCGGCCUACGACGACAUAACAUCUGCGCUGGCGAACGUCACGGAACCCCACGCUACCGUCGUCAUGAGCAACCCCUUCUCGUUCCUCAACAUUCUACCCUACGACCUCAGGCGAUACUUCACGUAUAGGGGAUCGUUGACUACGCCGCCUUGCUCUGAGGUCGUCACUUGGCUGGACUUCGAGCAGCCUGUAAGGCUAGCUCAUGAGCAGAUAGAGCUGUUCCGCGAGCUAAAAUCAGCACACGGCAAGAUCCGCCACAACUUCCGACCCAUCCAGCCCAUCGGAGACCGAGUCGUGUUCUACAACAUUGACAACAACUACUUCAGCUACAAUGAGUUGGACGACCCUAGCGAGGAAACCACUACGACGAGGCCUAGGAGGAGGGGAAAGGGGAACGGGGCGGGGAGUGCGAAACUGUUUUUGAGUUUGAUGUUCCUUUCUAGUACUGUAAUCAUUGUGUUGUAAAAUGUAGCCAUCAAAUUAUUUGUUUUUACCAUGUAGGAGACCUAACGCAGAAGUUGAGGGGAAAAUAUUGAUGUCUCAAAAAUGUAGAUGGCGCUGUACAGCAAGCCUUGUGCGUUUCUUGUCAAUGUCAACUAGCACUAG